AUGGCAUAUAUAAUCGCAGCUACCGAACGAAAUGAGCUUUUACAAGCCGGUUCUGAUGGGAAACGUCUUCUUCAAUUAACAACUGCAGCAAAAAGCAACUUGAAUAUUGAUUUGCAUAAUCUUGAUAUUGAAUUACAACGUCAACUUGGACUUUAUUCUGUUGAAGUCAUUGGAGAUGGCGCCAUUCGGCAAGUUCUCAGUAAUGGGUCUUACUACUCAACUGUACUAAGACCCGGAGAUCAAGUGAAUGAGAAAGAAUUAAUAGACUGGGCACAAACAAUGGACGAUUCAAAUACUUAUGGAGAUGAAAUGGCUAAUAUAGCUGUAGCUGAUCGAUAUCAUAUUCAAUUGGUUAUUUUUCGUGCUGGUGAAUUACUUACUGUGGUAUUUACGACACUUGGUAUUAAAUCACACGGGACAAUAACUUUUCGUAGAAAUUCUUCAAAUAAAGCAAAUUUUAUUCGAAUAUCACCUGAUGUAUCUCCUGUACAAAUUAAAGAAUUAUUUUUUCAACAAUGUCAACAUAGACGUCAAUCACUUGUUAUAUCCAUAACAGGCAGCGCUAGAGAAUACAAUAUGAAAUCAAAAUUAUUUCAAAUAUUUCGUCAAGGUCUUCUUAAAGUGGCCAAAACUACCAAUGUUUGGAUAAUUACAAAUGGUGUUAUUACAAGUCUUACAAAACUUCUUGGAGAAAUAAUUCGAACAAAUCCUGAUCCAUCCCAUCCUAUUCAUUUAAUUGGUAUUGCUUCAUGGGGAUGUAUAUCUGGUGUUGAACAACUUGAUGUUCAUGGAACAAAUGUUAUUUAUAAUAAAUCAAAAAAUGAUGGAAACGAUGAAACACCUCUUGAACCAAAUCAUACACAUUUUAUUUUUGUUGAUGAUGGAACUAAACAUCAAUAUGGAGGAGAAAAUGAAUUUCGUACUCAAUUUGAAAGAGCGAUUUAUGGAGAAUCAUUUUCAUUACAAAAUACAACAAAUAAUAAUCAAAUGAAAGAUAAAUCAAGACAAUCAGAUAGCAUACCUGUUGUUCUUGUUGUUAUUGAAGUUUAUGAAAGUGUUAUGAAAAAUAAAAUUCCAGUUGUUCUUCUGGCAGGUACAGGUGGUUGUUGUGAUUUAUUUGCUAAAUGCUAUCAAUUAUACAAUGAAUAUCAUCUAACAUUGAAAUUAACUGAUCAAACAAAUGAAGAUUCGUCAUCAUUAAGGGAAAAAAUUGAACAGAUAAAAAAUAAACUUCGCGAAAAAUUACAGAUUAUUGAUAAUAAAUUGAAUAUAGGCUCGUGCAUCAAUGUACUAGACGAAAAUACUGGAAUAGAUUAUUUUGAAUUAAUUUACGAAUGUAUUGAUAAACGAAGUAUAUUUUUAAAUAUCGUCGAUUUAAAAGUGCAUAAUUAUGUUGAAACAGAUAUUGAUUUAGCUAUUUUACAAGCACUUCUAAAUGUAACAUUUGAAAAUGAUUUAUCUGAGAUGAAUAUUGAACAAAAACGUGAACAAUUAAAUUUAGCAUUAGAAUGGCAACGAAUUGAUAUUGUUAAAAAUUUUAUUAUGAAAGAUGAAAAAUAUUGGAAAACAAUUGAAUUAAAUGAUCUAUUCUUUAAAGCUCUUAUUCAAAAUCAAGCAAAUUUUAUUCAAUUAUUUCUUGAUCAUGAUUUUCCAUUAAAUGAUUUAUUCGAAAAUAAUAAAAUACUUGUAACACUUUAUCAAAAUGAAAAUUAUCAAUUAAAACAUGAUUUUAAUAAUCCUCUACGUGGAAUUUAUACAGAAAUAAUUCAACCAUUAAUUGGUGAAUUUUUUCAAGUCGAUGCUAUCUUUGAUUCUGAUGAUUUAUUGGAGAAUAACAAUGAUGAUUUACAAUCAAUAGAACUUUUUCUUUGGUCAAUUUUAACAGAUAAACAAGAAUUAGCAUUACUUUUUUGGGCUCGAGGAAAGAAUAAAAUUUGUGCUGCUUUGAUUGCAACAUUAAUUUAUAAGAGUAAAGCACGAAAAGCAAAAGAUCAAAAUUAUAUUGAAUAUGCAAAUGAAUUUCAAAGUUUAGCUGUAGAAAUUCUUGAAAAAUUUUAUUUAACAAAUCCAUAUGAAUGUACAGAAGCAAUUAUUAGACAAAUUCCACAAUUUGGUAAUGUUACUUGGUUACAUUUAGCUGUUAUGGCUGAAGCAAAAUUAUUUAUUGCACAUAGAGGAGUACAAGAUGUACUUAAUGAUAUAUGGAAUGGAUAUAUUGAUCAUAGAGUUGGACAUAUCAAGAUUAUAUUUUCAACUAUAAUGCUUUGGUAUAGUGGAUUUCUUCCAUAUCAUAAAAACUUAGUUGAAGGAAGUGAAAAAUGUACCAAAACUAAUAAUUUUCAAGAUGAAUGGAACUUUUUUCAACGUAAUACAUCACAAUUGAAAUCUAUUACAAAUAGAACAUCAGAUCCAGCAUGUUCGAGAUUAAUGAAUGAUAAUUUAUUUGACGAAGAUAGUUCUAUCGGUACUAGUCAUUGGAAAAGGCCACCCCCUCCGAAAAUCGAUGUUUUUUUUAAAUUUCAAUUUCGAGAUAAACACAUGGAUGUUACCUCCAAGUAUUUUCAUGUGAUAUUUUUAAUAUUAUUUUCAUAUGUUAUCUUAUGUGAUUUUUUCCCAAUAUAUGACUUUCAAUGUCAAUCAAAUCCAGAAGAACAUAGUGAUAGUGAUAUAUUAUUAAAAAAUGUUGUAAAACGAUCGAUUUUAAAUCAAACAAAAACUAAUUUGACUAUCAAUGGAAAUUCUUCAUCAAAAUUUGGACUCGAACAACAUAAUCGACCAACAACCAGUGAAAUAAUACUUGUUUUAUGGAUGUUUACUUUAUUUUGUGAAGAAAUUCGUCAAGUAUUAUCAAUGGAAGUUCAAUCAAUAUCUGGAAAAUUAGCAGCAUAUUUUUCAAUAUUUUGGAAUAAAUUAGAUCUCAUAGCGAUAGUUUUAUUUUUUAUUGCUUUUAUUCUUCGAUUGUUACCAAUGAGUGAAUGUUUUUGUAGUGCACGAAUUAUUUUAGCUAUUGAUUUAUCAAUGUGGUAUAUAAGAACACUUGAUAUAUUUUCUCCUGUAAAAAGACUCGGACCAAAACUUGUUAUGAUUGGUGAAAUGGUUCAUGAUUUAAAAUUUUACAUGUUAAUGUUAACUAUAUUCAUAUUAGCAUAUGGUGUACCUACAUAUAAUUUACUCUAUGGUGUUCAAAAAUUUUCUUGGCAUAUUCCACGUGCUAUUUUAAAUUUAGCUUAUUGGCAAAUAUUUGGUGAAUUAGAAGUUCUUGACGAUAUUGAAAAAAACUAUGAAAUAACUGGCUAUGUUGUAUUUAUAUUAUUAAUUGCUUAUAUGACAGUAGCAAGUGUUCUUUUAAUUAAUCUUCUUAUUGCUAUGUUCAGUAAUACAUUUGAUCGUUUACAAUUAGAUACAGAUUGUAUAUGGAAAUUUCAACAUUAUUCAUAUGUAUGUUAUCAUUUAACUCUUCCAUCACUUCCUCCACCAUUAAUUAUAUUUUCACAUAUUUAUCGUGUAAUGAUUUAUAUUUUUUCACAUAAAUUUAAAAUCGAAUGGUUUUAUCAAAAAUAUAUUCAACAUACAAAUGGAUCGAAAUUUAAAAUAAUUGCUGAUGAAAUAUUAACAAAAACAAUUGAAUCUAUUGAAGAUGCUUUAGGAAAUGAACAAAGUAAUAUGUUUGAAUAUUUGGAAUAUUUAAUGAAUGGAAUCAAAAAAAUUGGUGGUGAUGAUAUUGAAAUGCCCAAACUAUUACGUCAAAAUUCUGAAUUACUUUGUAUGUUAUGUAUAUUUAUUCUCGCAUUAGACAAAAAAAAAUCAUAG